GACGACGGCUUUGAGAAAACCAGAGCGCUUCGAAGCUAGUGUGCCUCUGCUUACCUUCUUCCAAGAAUUGGGCGCCACAGCGAACGUCGCCAUCUCACAGCGGUCUUGUGGUGACGCCUGAGCUGACGAGGCAUUGCGAUGGAACUCGGAGUGUGCUGCGCAAGCUGCUGCCAGAUUCUUUCAGUCGCUGGCGUCAUCCUUCUGGUAUGCAGACGGCUCAGCUGAGGAAGGCAGACAGAAGUAGAGCCGAAUAUAUGUGUAAGUGUGUGUGUCACUGGUUCGUCAGCUCAUAUGGGGUUCUCUGUUGCGAAUCGAGUCGCCCGUGAUGGAGGUGCCCAAUGAGUUUAAGAAGCCCGCCGCCACAAGCUGCUUUAUCGCCGCAGGAGUGAGUGAGACCUUCCCACAGAGCACCACACGAGCUAGGUGCUGCAUGCGCCCUCUCUUAUGUGUGUGUCAGUUUUACGUCGUGACUUUCCUGCUGAGUUUCUUCUAUCUGCGGCGCAAGGCCGCCCUGUCGGCCCGCGCCAUGGAGAGGGACCCGCCCGCCUUCCAAAUGCGCUCAAUGAGCCAGGCGGCCGCUCGGCAGUAGCCAAUUCACAUCUACCAGCGCCCCUCACCUCGGCUGACCAAGCUUGCAAGCAGAAUGAAUGGGAUGCAUGUUUUGGCGUCUCUGGCCGGCUGGCUGGCUGUGUGAGUGGGUGGUGAUGCAUGUGUGAAUGUCCG